AUGAGGCCGACUUUAGUGUUUCUACAGUCGCAGUGUCUCCUGUGUGUGUUGGUUGGUGUAUGUGUGCCCGCUGUUUUGGGCUCGCUACCUCACGCGCUACCAUGGCACGUCUCCUGCCCGGUGCGGUGUGUGUGUCAGAUCAAGCCGUGGUUCUCCCCUGAUUCUGUCUACCAUGAAGCUCCCACUGUGGACUGCAACGACCUUCUCUUGACCAAGCUCCCCUUACCCUUACCCCCCGACACACACACCCUGCGCCUGCAGAGUAACCUGUUGUCAGACAUCAACACUGCGGUGCUGCACGGCCUCACCAACCUCACCGACCUUGACCUUUCCCAGAAUCGCUUCAGUCGUGUCAAGACAAUAACUCAGAGCUCCUCCCUACCCGCUUUACUGUCUCUACACCUGGAGGAAAACCAUCUCAGUCACCUCCCUGAGGCCUCCUUCUCCUCACUUCCAGCUCUGCAGGAGCUCUUUCUCAGCCACAACAACUUACACGCGAUAGCACCUGGAGCCUUCGCCGGUCUGGACUCCCUACUGCGUCUGCAUAUCAACAACAACAGACUCACCACUGUUGACCCUCGGUGGUUCAGGGCUUUGCCCCACUUGGAAGUUCUCAUGCUUGGGGGAAACCCUGUGGAGGCCCUGCCUGAGCGGGGCUUCAUGGCCUUGAAAUCCCUCCGGAGUCUUGUCCUUGGUGGUAUGGGUCUGAGAGGCUUGGCUGAAAAAGCACUGGAAGGACUGGAUGGCCUAGAGAGCCUCUCCUUCUAUGAUAACCUUCUGACAAAGGUUCCCACUCAGGCCCUGACGAGAGUGCCAGGAUUGAAGUUCCUGGACCUCAACAAGAACCGCAUCAAACUCAUCGAGACAGGAGACUUCCGAGACAUGGUCCACUUGAAGGAACUCGGCCUGAACAACAUGGAGGACCUGGUGUCCAUUGAGAGAGCCGCCCUGGAGAACCUUCCAGAGCUAACAAAGCUCGAGAUCACAAACAACCCACGACUGUCCUACAUUCAUCCUCAGGCUUUCCUCCAGCUGAGCAGGCUGGAGAGUCUAAUGCUCAACUCCAACUCUCUGAGCGCACUGCACAAGCAUGUCAUGCUCUCCUUGCCAAGUCUUCAGGAGGUCAGCCUACACUCCAACCCUCUGCGCUGUGACUGCCUGUUUCACUGGGCCGCUGAGGAAGCCGCUCAUCCUCACAGUGAAGACGCACAAACAGAGAGACAAACACCUCGAACGGUGCGUUUCAUCCAACCCCAGGCCACGCUGUGCUCUGAACCCCCGGAGCUGAGAGCUCGCAGGGUGAGAGAGGUGUCCUCCAGGGAGAUGUCGGCCUCAUGCCUCCCCAUGAUCCCUACCGGCUCCCUCCCUUCCUACGUUGGGGUAAGAGAAGGAGGAAAACUGGUCUUGCACUGCCGAGCUCUUGCGGAUCCACAGCCUGAACUGUACUGGGUGACUCCCUCAGGGCUGAGACUUGGUCCUGCACCGAGCCAUGCAUCCAAAGGUUCACCAGCUCUUGCUCCCUGCCACAGCCUGGCAGCCUCUGAGGGAUUCAACCACACAACCAGCGUCGCUCCCAUCCAGCCUAAAGAGGAUACUCCCUGUAAUCCCUCUAAACACUACCGGCUAUUGCCUGAGGGAACUCUGGAAAUGAAAAGGGUCACAUCCAGCGAGGCAGGAUUGUAUACCUGUGUAGCUGAGAAUGCACUGGGAGCAGACACACGCAGCGUUACUGUGGGGGUGCAUGGCAGAGAAAAGAAAAGAAAGAGGGGGAUGGCUGCUAAUAAGAAGGGAUAUCAGUUAUUCAGCGAGGAUGCCAGAUUGAAGGUGAUGGAGGUCGGCCAACACUAUGCUAUCAUGUCCUGGCAAAACGGGCGCAACCUCCCUUCAACUCGUCUAUCCUGGCAAGCCAUAUACUCAAAUGCACACAUGCCAACAUACACCACACGCAUCCUGGCUGGUACUCAGAGCUUCAACCUGACCCACCUGCAGGCAGAGACAUUUUACCGAGUGUGUCUGCAUUUAGGGAUCAGUGAGGGCGCCACGCAUGCCAGCAGGAGAUCAGGAGAGAGCAGAAAGUCUCAGUGUGUUUCAUUCAGAACAAAGGAUGUCCCAGAACCUCAGCCCGGCCUGAAGCUCAGCCCAGAGCUGACCUCCACAGCCAUUACACUACUGCUGCUCGCAAUCAUACUGAUGCUGCUGGCAGGCCAGGGCUGGGAUAAUGAGCAAGGAAAGCACCACAGUACCAUCCUCCAGGAAAUCAAAAGUCCUAAGGCUCUGAUCAUCAAUCAAAAGACAGAAGGAAACAAGGCACCUUAG